UAUGCACAUUGUAAAAAUAAUAGUUUUUGUCUUAUAUGAUGAAAAUGAAUUUUUCCUUGUUGUACAUAAUAAUUCUAAGUUCAAUUUUAGUUUUAAGUGAAUGUGCAAAUGUUUUAAUGAUAGUUCCAACACCCAGUAAAAGUCAUUCAUUUCUUGGACAUGCAUUGGGUCAUGGAUUAGUUAAAAAUGGUCAUAAUGUAACAAUGUUUACUCCACAUCCACAAAAGAAACAAACACCAAAUUAUCAUGUUUUAAAAUUAACUAAAGUGGUGGAAGUAUUUAAUGCGAUGAUGAACUCUAUUGGUGGCAGAACUCAAAUGAAUCAACAUUAUGAGUUAAUGUUUCAACUCCAUAAAAAUGCAGCAAAAAUGGCAGAAGCAACCUUACAAGAAGAUAACAUACAAGAAAUUUUGAAAUCCGAAAGCAAAUUUGAUGUGAUCAUUAUUACAUCAUUUUUCAAUGAUGCUUUAAUUGCUAUUGGUCAUCAUUUCAAUGCCCCUGUAAUUGUUUUCCAAACAGUUGGACCAUCAUUUUUAACUAACUAUCUCGUUGGGAAUCCAAGUCCAUAUUCAUAUGUUCCAGAAAUGUUCCUUACAUACUCAGAUCACAUGACAUUUAUACAACGCUUAAUAAAUUCAGCAUUCCAAACAAUACUUAAUAUUUUAAGAUGUCUCGUACAUUAUUAUGAACAGGAUAAAAUAUUAAACAAUUACUUUCCUAAUGCUCCCAAUGCACAUGAACUUCGUAAACAAGUGGCACUUAUAUUUACAAAUUCCCAUAGAGGUUUAGAGUAUUCAAGGCCUUUAGUUCCGAAUAUAAUUGAAAUUGGCGGCUUGCAUGUGCAAACACCACAACCACUGUCCAACGAUUUACAAAAGUUUAUGGAUAAUGCUACAGAUGGAGUGAUUUAUUUUAGUUUAGGAACAAAUAUUCAUAGCAAAGACAUGCCAAUCGAAAUGAAAAAGAAUUUUGUUAACGUAUUUUCAAAAUUGAAACAUAAAGUAUUAUGGAAAUGGGAUGAUGAGUCGAUUUCAGGUUUGACAGAUAAUGUUCAUCUCAGUAAGUGGUAUCCUCAAAGUGAUUUGUUAGCUCAUCCAAAUCUUAAACUGUUUAUAACACACGGUGGGUUAUUAAGUACAACUGAGACUGUUAUACGAGGAGUACCAUGCCUUGGAAUACCAAUAUUCGGUGACCAACAGCGAAAUAUGCAAACAGCUGAAAGACUUGAUUUUGCUGUUACAGUUGAUUUCAAAAAUGUUACUGAAAAAUCUUUAACCUGGGCAUUGAAUGAAGCACUCACAAAUCCAAAGUAAGAAAAAUAUGCUAAAGAAGCCAAGAAAUUAUCAAUACUUCUAAACGAUAAUAUUGUUCAUCCUUUGGAUAAAGCUGUAUAUUGG